AUGGAGAUGGGUGCGAGGGAUAAAAGUGAACUUCUUGAAGGAAAAGUUGAUUGGAGAGGAAGAAUAGCUACUAAAGAUAAACAUGGAGGACAAGGUCCUUCCUUACUCAUCCUAGGUACAUUUGCUUGUGAGAACAUAGCAUCAUUUGUGUUAGGAGUAACUUUGGUGACUUAUUUCAAUGGAGUGAUGCAUUAUGAUGUAGCUGAUGCAGCAACUCAAGUUACAAAUUACUCUGGAACCAGUUAUAUUUUAACUGUCCUUGUGGCAAUCUUAGCUGACACUUAUAUUGGAAGAUUCACAGCUGUUUUUGUUUCAUGUUGGAUUGAAUUCUUGGGACUAGCAUUGCUAGCAUUUCAAGCACACUAUCCCAAAUACAAGCCACCACUUUGCAACAUUCUUGAUCCAACAUCAAAUUGUGAGAAAGUUGAUGGAAAAAAUGCAGCCCUUUUAUUUGUUGCUCUUUAUUUAGUAGCACUUGGCUCAGCAGGGAUCAAAUCAGCAUUGCCAUCACAUGGUGCUGAUCAAUUUGAUGAGAAAGACAAGAAAGAAGCAAUUCAAAUGUCAAGUUUCUUCAAUUGGCUUUUGUUAGCUGUGUGUCUUGGUGGUUCAUUUAGUACAACAUUUAUUGUGUGGAUUCAACAACAUAAAGGAUGGGAUUGGGGAUUUUUUGUGAGCACAUUGGCUAUGUUGUGUGGUGCAAUAAUAUUUUGUGUUGGAUUACCAUGGUAUAGAAUAUUUGUUAUUAAAGGAACAAGUGCCAUCACUGAGAUUUUCCAGGUGUAUGUUGCAGCCAUAAGAAACAGAAAUCUUCAACUUCCUCAGGACUCGUCCGAUCUCUAUGAGAUCGACGAGGAUGAGGAAGUUGCUAUUCCAACAGAGUUUCUACCUCAUACCGAUACAUACAAGUUCUUGGAUAAAGCAGCUAUUAUUCAAACAUCACAACAACAAUCUAAAAAAGCAAUUAAUCCAUGGAGACUUUGUAGAGUUACACAAGUAGAAAAUGCAAAAAUCUUGCUAAGUAUGGUACCUGUUUUUUGUUGUACAAUUAUUAUGACACUUUGUCUAGCCCAACUUCAAACAUUUUCAAUUCAACAAGGCUUCACCAUGGACACAAGGAUCACAAAUUCCUUUCACAUACCUCCAGCCUCAUUGCCAAUCAUCCCCAUUGUGUUCUUGAUCAUCAUCAUCCCCGUCUACGAUCAAAUCAUUGUUCCAAUCUUGCGCAAAUUUACCGGCAUUCCCACAGGCAUAACAUACUUACAACGAGUCGGGGUUGGCUUAGUCCUCUCCGCUUUAUCUAUGACAGCAGCCUCUAUCUUAGAAGUCAAGCGCAAACAAGUAGCACAGGAACACAACAUGCUUGAUGCGAUUCCCGUGCUACAACCAUUGCCUAUUAGUGUGUUUUGGCUCUCAAUCCAAUUCUUCAUAUUUGGAAUCGCGGAUAUGUUUACCUACGUGGGACUUCUUGAAUUCUUCUACUCUCAAGCACCAAAAGAACUGAAAUCAGUGUCAUCAUGUUUUCUAUGGACUUCAAUGUCAAUUGGAUAUUUCUUGAGUUCAAUUAUUGUGAAAAUUGUGAACAAGGCAACUAAAAAAGUUACAAAUAGUGGAGGGUGGUUAGUUGGGAAUAAUUUUAAUAGGAACCAUUUGAAUUUAUUUUACUUGAUGUUAGCUGUGUUGAGUUGUUUGAAUUUUUGUGUCUAUUUGGUUGUUGCUAGCAAGUACAAGUAUAGGGUACAAAAAAGUCCUAGUGAGAAAGAUGAUAGUAGAGUACAUGCUUUAAAAGAUCGAAACAGUCUCUCUACCUUUUCAAUGUAAGAGUAGGAGUUGAGUUUGAUCAGUAAACACUAUCAGCCUCUCCAUAAUCUCAUUUACGAGAUUUCAAUAAAUAUGUUAUUAUUAUUGUUGACUAAGAUUUAAAAGUGGAAAUUUAUGUUCUUUGCUAUAUAUUAUUAGCAAGGAAAUGAAUUUCUUUCUAAUUGUACUUGGAAAAUUCAGUUGUUUUGGAAAUUGAAAUAUUAGUUCCUUAUUGUUGCUUGACUAGCAAAAGGUCUUUAUAUUUUAUAUUCAAAAAUAUUGAUUGCCAUAUUCAAUCAAAUUGUAUUUCUCUUUAAGGAAAAUUAAAAGAGUAAAUACUAUUUCAAAUUGAGUAACUUUGCGCUCUAUUAGAAUUGUUUUGGUCCAAAUUUAUCUUUUUUCUCAAAAAAAAAGUUUUGUUUUUACCCUUAAUAGCUAAAGAACUUCAAUUCAAGUAUUAUCUCAGACCCCGUCAUUAAAAAAAUAAAAAAGAUAAAAUUAAACAUAUAAAUGAAGUUCACUCAA